AUGGAGAAUCCAAAAACGACAACAACUGGUGAGAAAACGACACAAAGUCAAAUCUUCAUCUCAUGGUUAGCUACAUUCAUUCUAGUCUUGAUAGUGUUAUCAGGUGUGACCGUUCUCAUUAUAUGGCCUGUACUCAACCCAAAACGACUCGUUUUCACUGUUGAAGACACUUCAUUCCAAUACUUCCAAAUCUCAAACGACAAUCUAAAUGCGUCGUUUAACUUCACCGUUCAAUCUCAAAACCCAAACUCCCGAAUCGCAAUCUACUACGACUCAAUCCAUUUCAAAGUCAUUUACCAAGACCAGGCCUUAGGGGUUGGAGUAAUGGGCCCAUUGUUUCAGCCCAAAGAUGAGAAGACUCGGUUCUACCUUAAUACUACUACUAAUAAUAGGCCCAUUGGGCUUCCGAGAUGGGCUUCCAAUGAUUUGAAGGUCCAGCAGAAGAAGUAUGGUAAGAUUAAGGUUGACCUUGAGAUUUAUGGUAAGAUUAGGUUUAAAGUUGGUGUUUGGAAAUCUUCUCAUCGAACCCUAAUUGUAUUUUGUCCAUCUGUUUGGAUUGAUUUUUAUGAGGUUAAAUCCUUCCACAAAAGUAAUUGUAACGUUCAACGUCUUUGA